CGGCAACUUCGUGCUUUGUCAUAUGAUACCAAUAUUCUGUUGGUUGGAGCACUAUAUCUGUUUUUCUUUGAGGAUAUUGUGCACCUAUUACAAUUGUCCAACCAAUACUAGUAACGAUAAUAUCAACGCAAUCUGUGAUGAUUACGAGAAAUACACCUGUGACAAACACUAUAAAACUGAUCGUCCUGAUAAUCUAACAGUUACGGUAGACGAUAUCAUCAUGAAAAUGUUAGAAAUAACGGAAUACCAAGAUGUACCGAAUAUCAAAGCAGCUGAAAUGUUCUACAAAACAUGCACCAAAGCCCUUUCGGUGAAAAACGAGUUCAUUACUACAAAAGUUAUUGAUCUAAUAGAACUACUUUUCAGUGGAUGGCUGAUGUCAUCAGAUGGCACACAGCAGUACGAUCUCAUAGAAAAAUUUAUUAGAAGUCGGAAAUUCAAUCUGACCGCUUCAAUUUUACCAUUGAUAUUUCAAAGUGGAAGAACCACUUUGUUUUCCUUGAACCUAAUCGAAGAGGAUAAUUCAAUGAUUUAUAUUGGACCAGGAUCGCUCGAUGCAUUUGACAGGGAGAAAUUAAACAUGUCAGAUCGAAUGGACAGUGAAGUCAAAGAUCAAAUCUUCAAAUUUUUAGAAAACGUAGGAGCUCUACAAACUAAUAAAAAUAUGAUGGACGGUGUUUUUGAAAUUUACUCGAAUAUAAAAGAUAUCGAUUGGAAUGUUUUAUUUGAAAAUGCAUUCGCGCAUGAAUCGUAUAAAAAUUUGGAAGUUUAUAUUCAACGUAAAGAAGCUUUGAGGAAGACUUGCAAAUUUCUCUUUUCGAAAAUUAUAACAGAAAAAGGAAGAAAAGAUAUACACAAUAUGCUAGUGAUAGAUUUUCUGUACAAAAUGCGACGUUACUUGAAGAAAUAUGUCGAAGACUUUUAUCCUUCAGAUAUUGAUGAAAAGUCACCAACUUGCAUUCAGGAAUUGAAGGAGAAUUUCUGGUGGACAAUAAACAAGCAACACGAAUAUUCUAGUAUAAGUAAGAGUACAAAAGAUGAAGUGACUCAGAUGUUUGACGAAAUGAAGCACAAAUUGACUGAAUUAUUGUCUAAAGGCUCAUGGAGCAGUGAAGAUGACAAACAAGAAGCUAUUUCAACGGUUUCCAAUAUCAAAGUAUUAAUACUGGAUUCAGAAUCUUUGAGUGAGGGAUAUGAAGGCCGAGAUAAAAUACUCGAAAAUAAACUUUCUGCAGAUAACUAUCUUAUAAAUGCAUACUACUCAAUGAAAGCUAAAUUUCCAACAUCAUUGAAGGCCACUUCGCACGGAUACGAAUUACCUGAUUUAUUCACUUUCCAACCGUCUAUAAUUGACGGAGGUGGUACAGUGGUUAUGACUUCUGGGUUAUUACAUCCACCGUUUCUGAAUACAUCAAACUCAAUAUCUGAAAAGUAUGGAACUCUCGGAUGGCUUCUUGGCCGACAGAUUAUAUCUGCAGCUUUCAGAGAUAACCAGCUAAUAGAACAAACGCAAUAUCAGCCGGAGUGUGGAUCAACUGCUUCUACACCGUUCCGAAGUCAACUGUGUUGUUUAUCAGCACAAAUCAACUCUAGUAGACUUCAGAAAGAAAUGAUGUGUGGCGGCUUGUUAUCACAUAUUAUUGAUCGCAAAUCACAGUCGUCUAUCCAAGACUACGAAUACAUUGUGAACGAUGUUGUGAAACACAGUCAAGGAUUUUCAGAAACAUACCAAUGUGAAAGUGGUACGGUAAUGAAUCCUGUGCGCAAAUGUAUUCUUUAGAAGCAAACAUUAUUAGUGUGUGUGUGCAAAAGUAUCCGUUUGUCUGUCUAAUGGAUUUCAUAAUGAAAACUAUUGUAAUGUAUCACAUCAAUUGUUCAAAUAAUAAACAUUUUAGUACUGUAAAUGAAGUCGAAUAUUUGAAUUUUACAGUCGGAUCAAUCGAUUCUGACAGGUCAAAUAAGGAGAACAUUAUGGUUUUAAUCCAGUGGAAGAAUUAUUCCGAAAUUUCGUUUCUACAAUAUUCAUAUAAAUGUGCGGACCAAAUAAGUCGUUUGUGUGUUGAAAUUUCAGACGACGGUGUUCGUGAUAUAUGUUUUUGGAAACGUGAUGCGAGAGGCAGGAACAUCACCAACCCUGUGAUUUGUAAGAAGAUUUGUCGCUUCACGAAAACAAAACGCUUUCCACAUAUUUGCAUAUAGUUUAACAAUUGCCAAAUUACCUGACUGGAAUUUAUGCAAAUCAUAGAUACACAAUGCCACUGAAGAGUAUCAUGAUGAUUUGUGGUGGACCACUCCUAAAAUGUACUUUUCACUCAAACAGGCUCACGUUUAA